AUGGCGGAUGCUAUACUCCGCUUGGCGGAGGCAAAUCAGGAAACUCCGAAACACAAGGGUUCCGAGUCCAAUGUCAUUAUCAAAGAUGACAAUUUUAAAAAAGGUAAAAGCUCAGGCACUAAAGGAAAGGGUGCAAAAGCGGCCAAGACGGAUAUCGGCCAGCCUUCCACACCCGCAUUAAGCAAAGGGUCUCACUCUCAGCCGAUAACAAAAUCAUCUGCUUCUGGUACGGGAGAUAACUCAGCCACAACCUUAUGUAGUGAGUCGGAUGAUUUCAAAACGGCGAUCCUCUCCGAAGUACGCUGUUUAGCCUCAACUAUUGGUAACCUGAAAAACGAUAUGAAGAAUUCCAUUUCAAAGCUAGAGAGUCAAGUGAAUGACUUUAUCGACGGCGAUGGAAAAGAUAGUUAUUAUAACAUUGAUUACUUAAGCGAUUCAGACAUAGUCGAACCUUCUCAGGUCAAGGUCAGAGAACCGGAUUUGGACCCAGGUGCUUCGCUGGCUGAAAAUCUUUUUUCCGACGACGAGUCGGCAAAUGUAGAAACAAGUGACAGGAUUGAAGAAUACGACGUGGUCUCAGACCUAAGAUCCAACCUGACUAACGAAGAAGUCGGAGCAAAGGUUGACGAUCAUUUAGCAGACAUAGUAUUGAACUCGUUUACGUACAAAACUAAACAGGACAUAGAUUCCAUCACAGAGAAAAUUAAGAAGUAUAAAAAACCGGCCAAUUGUCCGUCUUUAAAAACACAGGAAAUUAACAGGAUUAUGUGGGACAUAGUCUCUUCAGACGUACGCACUGCUGACUGCAAACUACAAAGAGUUCAAACAGGCAUCAUCAAAUCUGCCAUCUGCAUUACAGAAUGCCUAGAUGCUGUGAUUAAAGAGAAACGGUCCAUACCUUCUAAUCUGGCCUCAAUAAUUACUCACAAAUUGGGGGAUGCCAUAGCGCUUUCUGCCUAUGCAACAAGAGAAACUAUAUUGAGAAGAAAAUCCCAACUGCAGCCUCAUCUUCCUGAAGAAUAUAAACCUCUAUGCUCAGCAAACUCAGCAGUAUCUUAUGACGAUUUAUUUGGCGAAAAUUUGACCAAGGCCAUGCAGGAUGCUUCCACGGCUAGUAAACUUAGCAGAAACACCAGGCGUAACCAAAGACUUAGGUAUCAACCUUAUCCAUCACAAGGACCUACUUUUAACAGAGGCAGAAAUUACUUCAGACGCCCAAGAGGUUCCUAUGGAAAUGAACGAUAUUUUUUGUCCAAAAGCCGACAGGGCAACAAACCUCCAGAAAAAAGAGGAGGGGGAAGGAGCAGCAAGUAG